CCAAGCCCGGCCCGUUCGCACGGCCGCCGCAGCCGCGUAGUAAACUCAGUAAUUAGGCGUCCUAUAUCGCGAGCGUAAUCAAUUUGUCCGCGUUGAUAAACCCCCCGGUUUUUUCCUCAGAGUGUACGCUCGCCGUCGGUAUUUUCAGGGGGUUGUAGGCUUUUUGUAAAGAGUGUGGGGUGUGUUAGCGGUUUAAGGCGCCCCGGCAACGUGUCAGACAGAGACGCCGUGCAGAAGUGGGGGAGCGGUGCGGAGAACCCAGUUCACUCAGUCGGCUGUGAAACGUCUCGAUGACGGUAGGUAAAGCAAAUAUAGCGCCGUGUUGAACGAAAGGAAACAUCCGCAUUUCUUCAUUGAUCAACACCCUGUGUCUUCAUCCCGAUUUGCCCUGGAUUCAUCGACCCCUUUUUGGAUAAUAUGCGGUGCUUUUGUGUGGUUCAGUGGAUCGAUUAGUGUCCAGUGUUAGUGUUUGCAGUGGAUUACCAGGAUUACGCCAGCGAGGACUUUUUGGAUUACAGUGCACAUUUUAGGAGGCAGAGAACAUUUCGGACUGUCGGUUAUACGAGCUAUGAGUUGCUGACGGAACAUGUACCCAAGUGCAGGAAUGAACGCUGCGGCGGCAGCUGCUGUGGCGGCUGCCCGACAUCCGGGUCCACCGCAGCCUGGUCAGCCUUUCAAAUUCACUGUGGCCGAGUCUUGUGAUCGAAUAAAGGAGGAAUUUAAUUUUUUACAAGCACAAUAUCAUAGCCUUAAAUUGGACUGUGAGAAAUUGGCCAGUGAAAAGAUUGAAAUUCAACGACACUACGUUAUGUACUAUGAAAUGUCUUAUGGAUUGAACGUGGAAAUGCACAAACAGACUGAAAUAGCAAAAAGACUGAAUGCUAUCAUAGCACAAAUCAUACCUUUCUUGUCACAAGAACAUCAGCAACAAGUGGCUACCGCUGUUGAAAGAGCGAAGCAAGUUACAAUGACUGAGCUGAAUGCCAUAAUCGGGCAACAGAGACCCGACCUGCCUCGUUUGCUACAACAGAUGCAUGCUCAGCUACCAGCGCACGCUGCGCCCCCAAUUCCUAUGAUGCCCCAUCCGAGCUUAGGGGGUGCACCCCCCAGCUCGGCUGCCGGAAUUUUGGGGCUAUCGGGGGCGAUGCCCGCCCAACAUUCGCUCAGCAUGUUGGCAGCGAAACCCGACCUACACAGAUCGGACGACGUCAAAUCGAAUAGUGGAAUGAACUCAAAUGAAGAGCGACAUAGAAAUUCGAUAUCGCCGGCCGAGCGCGAAAAGUACAGGCCCAGAACGCCCCAGGAACCCACCGAAUUGAAAAAGCUGAAGAAGGAGGAAAAGGAUCUCGGUCACCAUAGCGAUGGCGAGAAAAGCGACCAAGACCUGGUGGUGGACGACGCAUCAGAGGACCCAAUCUCCCCAGCCAAUGGGACCGUUUCACCGCGCGAAAACGGAAUCGACAAACUCCCGAAGAAAGAGCAUCCGGGCCCGCACAGCCCUCGGUCAGGGACGUCGAGUAACGCAUCGACUCCGUCCACGAAAAAAAUGGACGAGAAACCACCGACGCCGAUCUCCAAGUCGGUCACUCCCACAUCAGUGGCAGGUUCAUCUUCAGGUUCCAGCGGACUGAAACCGGUGGUGAAACCGCCAGCUAUGGGCCAGUACCCUCCCUACUUGGGCAUGCCGAAUGGCGCUCCUCCGCAUGAACUGCAAGCUGCUGCAGCUGCAGCAGCCGCCGCUGGUGCAGGUUACGGCGCUCUACACAACAAUCUACCACCCGCGCUAAAUAAUUAUCCGAGGCCUCCCAUUCAAGUUGGAUAUGACCCGCAUUCACAGAUGAGGGCUCCCGUUGUUCCAGGACUGGGUGGUAUACCUGGUGGAAAACCGGCAUACUCGUUUCACGUGAGCGCCGACGGUCAGAUGCAGCCAGUACCAUUUCCUCCAGAUGCAUUAACAGGGCCUGGAAUACCGCGACAUGCCCGACAAAUCAACACUUUGAAUCAUGGUGAAGUUGUAUGUGCAGUUACCAUUUCGAAUCCUACCAAGUACGUGUACACCGGAGGAAAAGGAUGCGUGAAGGUAUGGGACAUCAGCCAACCAGGUUCGAAAAGCCCCGUAUCUCAAUUGGAUUGUUUGCAAAGAGACAACUACAUUCGCAGCGUCAAACUGCUACCUGAUGGACGCACUCUGAUCGUAGGGGGAGAGGCGAGUAAUCUGUCCAUUUGGGACUUGGCCAGCCCGACGCCUAGAAUUAAGGCUGAAUUAACGUCUAGCGCUCCCGCGUGUUACGCAUUGGCUAUAAGUCCAGAUUCCAAGGUGUGCUUUAGUUGCUGUUCAGAUGGGAAUAUAGCGGUCUGGGAUUUGCACAAUCAAACGUUAGUACGCCAAUUCCAGGGGCAUACCGAUGGGGCUUCUUGUAUAGACAUUUCUGCUGAUGGAACAAAGCUUUGGACAGGAGGCUUGGACAACACAGUGCGAAGCUGGGAUCUGCGAGAAGGCAGACAGCUUCAGCAACACGACUUCAGCUCCCAAAUUUUCUCAUUGGGCUAUUGCCCGACUGGCGAAUGGUUAGCCGUUGGUAUGGAGAAUUCCAACGUGGAAGUUCUGCACGCCAACAAGCCAGACAAAUACCAGCUGCAUCUGCAUGAAAGUUGCGUUCUGAGUCUACGAUUUGCGGCAUGCGGCAAGUGGUUUGUAUCGACGGGUAAAGACAAUUUGCUGAAUGCUUGGAGGACGCCCUACGGAGCCAGUAUAUUCCAGUCCAAGGAGUCAUCCAGCGUGCUGAGCUGCGACAUAUCCGCUGAUGAUAAAUACAUCGUGACCGGCUCAGGGGAUAAAAAGGCCACUGUUUACGAGGUGAUAUUUUAGAAGGCGUCCGAAUCGGUGCCGAACAGUUGAAGACAUUUUCUUGCGUUCACUACUUCUUUCCGCGAUUUUUCUUAAACAUUGUGAUAACUAUGUGUAAUAAAUAAUUAAAUAUUGUAGCAGAAAGAGGACCGGCUAAUGGGCGGGGUCGGCCGGGUUUCGCGAACCUGGCCCGACCCAAUGGCCUUUGAACAAUGAUCUUUGAUUUUGUAGCGUGAUCUCUCGUCAAAUAUGUGGUUAUACAUGAAUUGAAUUGGUAUGGAUCGAAGGGCUUCAAAGGGCGAAAGAAUAUUUUUCAAUUGAUUUUGUAAAUAUUAGAUAGGGAAAGGAACUUUGUUUUUAUGCAAACAGAGCCGUCCAAGAUCGUCAAGCGGGGCGCGGUACUUAAAUGCUGUUUCAGCAACGCUGAAGAACGGCCGCUUCACGCUAUUGGACUGGCGGAAUUUUAGUUUAUUUUAAGUCUAGUUAUGUCUUAUAGUGCGACGUUAAAUGAGAAACAAAGACGUUGGAGGUUCUUUUGCUAAGUGCUGGAGUCAAAUCUAUGCUGGAUCUAUUGCGGACCACUGAAGAUCUAUGGAAUUUUACCCCAAAGAGUUCGGCAUAUAUUUUCGAGCACAGCACUAAAAAUGGUACAUGCAGUCAAUGACAAUGUCUAGGGAAAUUUUGGCCAAUUUCUUUCAACCAAGACACGCACGUGGUCUUCUUAACUACUUAAUUCUAGGACUUCUUCUUCUUCUUCUUCUUCUUACUUCUAAUAAGGAAAGGUCUUUCUGGGAUGGGCAACGUAUCGCAAGAGCGAGUGAGACGUGUGUUUUUUUACAUCAAAAUGAUUAUAAAAGGACUUCGGAAACGUAUUAACAGGAUAAAAUACAGGAAAUCGCUUACAAUCGGUGAUCUAAAAAAUUAAAAGAUUCGAAUGGUAGAACUGAAUUUGGAAUUUAAUUCUCACUCGUUCGCAAUGCAAAUCAAAACUGCGUAUUAUUUCACUCAUUCGACCAACACACGCAAGGUUAUUCUACGAACGCUACGAUUUUCAUAAUUUCAAUCAAGUUCUUGCUGUACGGUACGUUUGCACUUUUAAACAGUUGAGUUUGUUGAAAAAAAUUGUAAGGCAUUUGCGGCUUAAAAGUGCCUGAGCAAUGCGCUCUUAAGCUGUAUAACACAUUGUGUUUCCAGCAUUAAAUCCAAACAACUGCAAACUCUUCACGUAAUUUGGAAAACCAACGUAAUAACAACUCUGAUAAACGCCCAAAAAAGUCGAACUUUUGAGACAAAACGCGAACACAAAUUCUAACAUGUUCAAGAAAGCUAUUAAUGAAGGAAAUAUUAUAAUGUUAUUGUUCACGGCUUUCUAAAAUAUGCAUAUAAGUUGAAUAAUAUGACCCUGAUUAAAAACUGUUCAUUUUUGGUUUUUCUAUAAAUAACAUAAAAACAACAUUAGCGACUAAAUUGAUUCAGCCGAGAAUCAGAAGAACGUAAAUCCUUCGUUUUUGUUGUUCUUUAAAUUCAGUUUUUAGUUUCAAAACAAGCUUUUUUGGUGACAAACAUCGCAAUCCCUAAGUUGCGGUUGUAGGGUAAAACUUUGCAAACUGCCCUGUACUUUAUCCAAAGGAGAACGCAACAAAAUAUACAGGGUGGUUCAAACACGCGAUUUUGUCUGGGUCACAAGCAAACACAGGGACAGGUUAUUGGUCCACUCUAGCUGGUUUUAGCUCGCAAGUUAAACCAGUUAAUGAGGACUGAUAGAUUCGAAACCAGUCCUAUAGUACUUAAAAACUUGCAUUGGGCCAAAAUUUGACUAACACUCGCCGGCAUGUACUUGGGUUAAUUGAAAUUUCGCUUUCAGAUUUUAGAAAAGUACAUCUCCAUAGUUUUCGUACAGCCUUGUAAAUAAUAGUCUAGUUUUAAUGUUUCUAGCGCGUUGUUUUCUUUUUGUUAUUUAAUAUUUAGCGAAAUAAAAGGAAGUAAAGAAACAAAAAGCAAAAAGUUGUAAAUCGUCUUUAUAUUUGUAAUUAUCGCCCUCUCGGGCCGCUAGUUUUUAAGGUAAAUUUUUAGGAUUAAUCUGAUUGUUGCCUGUCUGUCGCACCCUUCACAAACACUCACCCAACCCGUUAAAUCAUGUUCUAGAAACGUGUCUGUUCGGGUGAAUGCGCUAGUGGUCAACUUGAACAGAUUUUGCGUCUAGCGUUCCUCACUUUACGUGCUUUGUAAUUUCGUUAAAACCGGGAAUUUGUUCAAAUUUAGCGAAAAGGGCAGCUCGUUUUAAAUUCGAAUAUGUUCUUCAACGUUUUAUAUUUUUUUAUGUAACACUUAUUAUUAAUUACUUAUAUAUUUUAGGACUGCUGAGGCCCUGACCUGAAACAAACACAGUUGCAAGUGAAAAAUUUGAUUUAUUUAAUGCGAAUGUUUAUUUAAUUUGAGUUAUUUUAUCAACGACUUGGAAAACCCUCAAAUUUAAAAUGAGCUCUUCUCCGCAACAAUGUUGAGUCAGUGUCCAUGUUGUUUUUCAACCGGAAGUUGAAUUUGAUUUUUUUUAAGCUGUGGUCGUUUUGAUUUGCUUCAGACUAUUCCGGUUGGCGAAAAGCUGGAUCUGAAUGCGUCUAAUAGACCAACAUUAUACAUAUACCUCAAACGACACAACUUACAAUAGACCCAAAUGAAUGUAUUUUUGUCAUGUGGGAAAAGAAUAAAUUCUUGUUACUUCC